UGCUGGCAGGGCAGUGCAGGGUGGGCGUGCUGCUUAUUACAGAAGUGUUUUGAGAAUGCUUCAUGCCAUAUAUCGAGUGCCAGUGUCCAUGGGCACCAUUCUUUCCUCCUAUAGCAACUCAGACACUGUACCCGUGGCCACUGCUCAUGAUCACUGAAAACUGUCAGCUCUGGAGAAACUUUUCUCCAAGUUUGGCUCAUGGCCAGCGUAAACUGCAAGACUGCUGUCUCUCUGUUCAAGAGGACACUCGGGCUAGGCCCAGCUCAGAAACCAAGUGGUCAGCGGUCAUUGCUGACCGUUAGCAGGCUGCAGGAGAGGGGGCUUAAGGAAGGCCGUACUGUACAGAAGUGUUUUGCUCCACACAAUUUAGCAACCUGUAGGUUUCAUCCAGCUUGUUUACCUCAACAGGACUCCAUGAGUGAGAGCCUGCAGACCUGCUACUCAUACCUGAACGAGACGAGCAGGAGCUUCGCAGCUGUGAUCCAGGCCUUGGAUGGAGAGUUACGGCAUGCAGUGUGUAUAUUCUACCUCGUGCUGCGUGCGCUAGACACGGUAGAAGAUGACAUGACCAUCGGCCUAGAGACCAAGAUCCCCAUGCUGCACAACUUCCACACGUACCUGUAUCAGGCCGAAUGGAACUACACAGAGAGUAAGGAGAAAGACAGACAAGUACUUGCAGACUUUCCAACGAUCUCUCUGGAGUUUAGAAACCUUGCAUUGGUUUAUCAGGAUGUUAUUGCAGAUAUCUGUCACAAGAUGGGAGUAGGAAUGGCUGAGUUCCUUGAGAAGAAAGUGGGUUCUUUGUCUGAGUGGGACAAGUAUUGUCACUAUGUUGCGGGGCUGGUGGGAAUUGGCUUGUCCCGUCUGUUUUCUGCCUCAGAGUUGGAAGACCCGAUUGUUGGCCAAGAUACAAAGCUCUCAAAUUCCAUGGGCCUGUUUCUACAGAAAACAAAUAUUAUCCGCGAUUACUUGGAGGAUCAACUGGAUGGUCGAGAGUUCUGGCCAAAAGAGGUGUGGAGCAAGUACGGCAAGAAGCUGUCUGACUUGGCAAAGCCAGAGAACAUAGUUCCAGCUGUGCAGUGUUUGAAUGAACUAAUUACAAAUGCUUUGCACCAUGUACCAGACGUCCUCCUGUACCUAUCUCGUCUAAAGAACCAGAGUGUUUUCAACUUUUGUGCAAUCCCACAGGUUAUGGCUAUUGGAACGCUGGCUGCGUGCUAUAACAAUCAGCAGGUGUUUAAAGGUGUUGUGAAGAUUCGCAAAGGCCAGGCAGUGACCAUGAUGAUGGAUGCCACAAACAUACAUGCUGUAAGGGCCAUCAUGUACCAGUACAUUGAAGAGAUUAAUCAAAAGAUUCCUCUUACGGACCCCUCUUCUGGCAGAACACAGCAUAUUAUAUCAUCUAUUAGGAACUUGUCCAAUGGCCCAUUGGUCACCCGUAGUAAUUACUCUCCUAUCUAUCUGUCCUGUGCUAUGCUGUUGGCAGCACUGAGCUGGCAGUACAUGAGUGCAGCAUCACAGGUGUCUGAAGAAGUACAUACUGGCCAGUGAGCUGGUUAUUGACAGUGACAGCCUUGUGACUGGUUGCCCUUUGUAUUCAACAUGCAUUGAGGAUGAAUGCAGUGGUUUAGCAGAGUUCAAGUCUUCUGGAGACAAGUGCAGCACUUAAAGUAUAUUUACAUAUCUCAAACAUAAGCUAACAAGACUGCCUCCGGUGUCAAGUCCUCUGGGAAAAAGGAAGACAAUAGAAGGGGAUUUUAUUUUUUUUCUACAAAAUCACUGGGUUAUUUUCUAGUCCAGUGAGAUUCACCAACGGCUGACUUGAUGACUUUAGUCCUUUCUUUUGUAUACACUUUUUUCCCUUGGUUUCUCUAAUUUAGAGUAAUGUGUGCAAUAAUUUGGCAGUGGGCAAGAGUUACAAAAUAUGCAGAUGAUGGCAUCAAAGAUGGCAUAGAUUGUGAUAAGCUUGAGUAAUGGUGUUUGUAUCAAUAAGCACAUCUAAUCAGGCUAGGGUAUGCUUAGCAAUGUUUUAGGGCUCUUUGGGUAUGAGGUAAAUGCUGAUCGCUUAACUGUAAGUAUUAUUCUGUGAGAAUAUUGUGUACGCACUACAUAUGCCGUAUCUGUGUUAAGAUUCUUUUCAUAGAAAAACAUACUUUCAGCGGAUAAGAAUCAACAGGCACACAAGUCUGCCCAUAUUUCUUUAAGAAAUACAAACUUAACUAUUUUUUAGAGUAUAUUUAUGCAUAUCCCAGCCAUUUUUUAAUUCCCUUAUAGUUGUCUUUACCACAUUGAUUAGAAAUCUUUCCUUUAAUCAACCACUCUUUCUGAAAAUAAGUUCUCCAAAUUACUAUUGAACUUGCUGCCCUCCAGCAUUAGAUUUUGACCCCUUGUUCUAUUGUUCCUUUUUUGAUAAUAUAUAUGAGAGAAUUUCUAGUUAAUCUUUACUCCCUAUGACCAUAAACGGACAGUCUCAUGGCAUAAGACUGUUGGCCUUGUGUAUGGUAAAUACAUCCUAUCAAAGGAUGCAAGAAUGUUUAUGCUAUAGUCUUUAAAGAUAAACAUUUGCCACUGUCAUCAAACGUAAUAUUUUUUUUAAAAAAGGCAUAAUUUAACAUUCCCUAUAGUGAAGAUUUGAUUUACAUGAUCCAACAUUCAAAUUUCAUAUUUGAAUGUAAACAUAUAUUCUGUAGAAACAUUUGAAUACCACAAGAGUAACAUUCAGUAAUAUGACUGUUAACAUACAGACAUUUACCCAUCACUAAUCUUAUAGGGGCUUCUGUCUUAAAAUGUAUUCACACAAGCACAAAAUCACUGUUUUCAAAAUAAAUUAAUUUAUGGAUCCCCAAAACCGCUCACAGAAUACCUAAAACACUUAUAGAAUCUUUAAUAUAACAGAGUAACAGCACCACUCUAAAUACCUUGUUUUUAAAAAAGGUCUGUAAAAGGCUUGGCUAGAUUAGAUUGAUUAAAAAGGUUUAUCAAAUACAUGAUAUGCAGAUGCCUAAUUUUUCUUUUCCUACAAUAGAUUUAAAUAAAGCCACAAACUGGAAAAUACAUGAAUAUGUAAUUAACUUGUUCUCAUUCAAUUAGAAUUGGAUACAAAUAGAUAUGUGCAGUUCUACAAAUAUUCCUACACCUCUUUAUAGAAGUGUUUGGAAUAAUCUGUAUUGUGACAUUGUUAUACAAUGUGCUUUAAUUUUUUAUUAAAUAAAAUUAUAAAAUGAAAUAAAA